GCACCUCCCAGGACGAGAUGGCGGUGAGGGUGGUGGUGGAGCCCGCGGGCCGCGUGUGCUGGGACGAGCCGGUGCGCAUCGCCGUGCACGGCCUGGCCCCCGAGCAGCCCGUGGCGCUGCGCGCGUCCCUGCGCGACGAGAAGGGCGCGCUCUUCCGGGCCCACGCGCGCUACCGCGCCGACGCCCGCGGCCAGCUGGACCUGCAGCGCGCGCCCGCGCUGGGCGGCAGCUUCGCGGGGCUCGAGCCCAUGGGGCUCGUCUGGGCCCUGCAGCCCGACAGGCCCUUCUGGCGCUUGCUCAAGCGGGACGUGCAGACGCCCUUGCUGCUGGAGCUGGAGGUGCUGGACGGCCGCGAGCCCGCCGGGCCCGGCGAGCCCGAGGGCGGGCGCGUGCUGGCGCGGGCGGUGCACGAGCGGCACUUCAUGGCGGCCGGGGUGCGGCGGGUGCCGGUGCGCGAGGGCCGGGUGCGGGCCACCCUCUUCCUGCCGCCAGGUCCUGGACCCUUCCCUGGGAUCAUAGACCUGUUUGGAGUUGGAGGAGGCCUUCUGGAGUAUCGAGCAAGUCUGCUGGCUGGGAAGGGUUUUGCUGUGAUGGCGCUGGCUUAUUACAACUAUGACGACCUCCCCAAGGACAUGACGAUUCUCCACCUGGAGUACUUUGAAGAAGCUGUGAGCUACCUGCUCAGGCACCCUCAGGUAAAGGGCUCAGGAGUUGGAGUGCUUGGAAUUUCCAAAGGGGGAGAACUUGGUAUUGCCAUGGCCUCUUUCCUGAAAGGCAUCACCGCUGCUGUUAUAAUCAAUGGCUCUCUAUCCAGUGUUGGGGGAACCAUAUGCUACAAGGAUGAGACUGUGCCCCCAGUGGGCAUGGACCACAGUCGAGUCACAACAACCAAAGAUGGCAUCAUGGAUAUUGUGGAUGGCAUAAACAACCCUUUGGAAGGACCUGAUCAGAAGAGCAUCUUUCCUGUGGAAAGGUCUGACACUGCCUUCCUGUUCCUUGUAGGUCAGGAUGACCACAACUGGAAGAGCGAGUUUUAUGCUAAUAUGACCUCUCAGCGCCUAGAGGCCCAUGGGAAAAAAAAGCCUCAGAUCAUUCUUUACCCCGAGGCAGGGCACUAUAUUGAGCCCCCUUACUUCCCCUUGUGCAGGGCUGGCAUGCACUUCUUGGUUAGGGCUAAUAUCUUGUUUGGAGGAGAACCCCGGCCUCAUGCCAUGGCCCAGCUGGAUGCGUGGAAGCAACUCCAGACUUUCUUCCACAAACACUUGGGUGGCACAGAGGGCACAAUCCCAGCAAAACUGUAAUUUCUAUUUGAGUAACAUCUGAUGCUGGUCUGCCCUAGGAAUCACCACCACUUUUAACAUACUUUUCUUUGUAAUAAAUGCUUAGUUUCUUUCCCAAAAGUUUUUAACAUAAACUUCAGACUUUCUCAGUUUGGGAGCUGGGGGAUUCUGUAGAAAACUUAAGAGGUGGGUAAAGUCUGCCCCUUACUGUGGCACAACAUGAAACUGGCAAGGGUUUAGCUCUGAAAAGCAACGUGAGUAACACGGAUUAGGAGGGCCAGCUUUAGAAUUAAAGUGCAAUGAUUAUUUACUGAAUGCCUUAUGACUAGUUACUGUGCUUUUCUUAUUAUUGUAAGAGAAGUAUACACAAUACAUUUAUGUCUGUCAGUUCUAUAUUGCAGAUCCAAGUAACUGCAGAUUAAACUUUAUAUAUACAUAUAUAUGGGUAUAUAUAUGUAUAUAUAUGUAUAUAUAUAUAUACAUAUGUAUAUUUUAUACUGGCCAGGCACUGGUGGCUUAGGCCUAUACUCCUAGCUACUUAGGAGACUGACAUGUGAGAACUGAAGUUUGAAGCUAAUCACUCUAUGAGCUGUAAGAGUACUAACUUUGAGCAAAAAAAGACAAGCAAGAGUAGGAGGCCAGAGUUCAAGUCCCACUAUCAGCACGCAAACAAAAAAUACAGCAUCUGUACUAACCUUAUGCAGACUCAUUUGAUAUCACCAUUUCCUAAAUAAUACAAUAUAACAACUAGUUGUACAGUAAUUACACUGUUCUAGAUAUUCUAAAUAAUGCAGAGGUGAUUUUAAAGGAUACAGGAAGUUAUAUGGAAAUUAAGUGUCAUUGAACCUCUACAGAUUUUAAUAUCCAAGGGGUCUGAAUAAUCCCUUAUGAAUACUGUGUGACAACUGUAAGAUCAAAAAUGUCAUAAUAUCAGAUUUGAGUUUUUUUCUAUUACUAUAGAAGUAACAUCUUACUGCAAACUGAUCAUUAGAUAUAAAAAUAAGGAAGAAUUCAAAAGAAAUUUUUUUGUAGUUCUUUAUUAUCUUUUCCUUGGAUGAAAAAGGAUUUUUCUAGCAAAUAAAAUAUUUAAGUUCCUGUUUAUA